AUGUGGAGACGUACCGAAAAGUUUCCAUUCAUCAAAUUCAAGGCAUCUUCAGAACAAGCUCGACCUGGCGGACCUUUAUUAAAGUCAGAGCUUCAGCCUGGUUUGAUCGCACAGCAACUUGCCUCCCAGUCUGCCUUUGGAGAGGGGCAGAACCAAAAAAGUGAUACUGCGACAUCUACUCAACCGAACAACACAGGUUUGGACUGCGAGAACAACGAUUACGAAGAAUAUAACGAUGCAGAGUUUGGAUUAAAAAUUGUGAAAAGUCAACCUAAAUCAAAACAAGAUGCUAUAGACAUCGUCGCUAUACAUGGACUGGGAGGCAAUUGGAAACGAACAUGGACGGAACCGGGAAGUAAAAUCAAUUGGCUCGAGGAGCUCCUCGGCGAUGAUAUUCCAGGAGCGAGGAUAUUAUCAUAUGGUUACAACUCCAAAGAAUAUUUCAGCAAAUCCAAUGCAGACAUACGCGACUUCGCGUUGGACUUCCUAGUCGAUUACAAGUCUCAUCGCACCAGUGAGGCUGAAAAGUCCCGUCCAACCAUAUUCCUAUGCCAUAGUCUGGGGGGUAUAGUUUUCAAACAGAUUCUCAUCAGGGCUAAUGAAGAGCCCGAGUACUCAAGCAUUUUAGAUCACGUCUAUGGUGUCGUGUUCUUUGGCACUCCACAUAGGGGUGCUACUUUGGCGGCAUGGAAAUCUAUGUCCGCGAACAUCGUAAGAGCAGCGAGCUUCAACACGUCCACGAAUGUCAUAUCCAAGGAUCUCAAGCUACGUUCUGACUUUUUAGUUAAUGUUGCUGAGUCUUGGAUACACCGAGGGGCGAAACUAGAAAUUGUGAGCUGCUACGAGAUGCAGGUUGUGCACGGAUUCAUUGUCGUUGAAAAGGAUUCCGCCUUGCUAAAUUGGGCGAAUGAGGACAAAGUACCCAUGAAUGCAAAUCACAGGACGAUAUGCACAUUCAGGUCGCGCUCAGAACCUGAGUAUCGCAAAGUUAUCUUCCGGCUCAAAGAAAUGGCCACAAGGGGCGUCCAGAAGUCCCACAUGAAUCGUCGAACUUUGAGUGAAGAAGAAAGAGUAUUGUUAUCAACCUUGGAGACCUCGGAUUACGGUUCGCAUCUAACUGAGAUAGUAAAAGCAGUCCAUGGCACAUGCAGGUGGAUUUUUUCCACCGAUAAAUAUCGUUGCUGGAAUGAAUCGUCGACAGGAAGACUCCUAUGGAUAUCUGCUGACGCAGGCUGUGGUAAAUCGGUUCUGGCCAAAUACAUGAUCCAAUACCAUAAGAACUAUAUACCAGGAUGGAAUGUUUGCUUUUUCAUUUUCAGAAGUGGAAACCCAGAGCAAGAAGAUAGCGUACAUGCUUUAUCGGCUUUACUGCAUCAGAUUUUCACAUACCAGCCUGAACUAAUGGAAAACUCUAUUUCCAAACGAAGACAUUUCAUACGCUCGACAACAGAGAAGACCUUUGUUGCGCUGUGGGAGGUUUUCGAGGACUGUAUUCGUGACGAAAGGAUUAGCAAAACGGUCUGUAUCAUCGACGCACUAGAUGAAUGCGAGGAAAUGACACGGAGUUUGUUUGUGGAACAGCUCUCUCGCCUAUUCGCGAACAACCAAGGACAGAAUUUUCGAUUCAAACUUAUUGCCACGAGCCGACCAGACAACGUUGUUAAAUUUGCAUUCGGGAUGAUACCAAACAUCAGGAUCCGGGGAGAAGAUACUGUUGGAAACCUCAAUAAAGAUAUCCAGUUGUUUGUACAAGCCAGUGUUGAGGAUAUUGUUGCCCGCUCUCACUUCUCGCCUGAUCUACUAGCUGAUCUUCAGGAAAAAUUAAUUAAAGGAUCAGAUUUUACUUUUCUUUGGACUUCGUUAGUUAUCCAACUUUUGAAGCAGGGCUCGGUGCAUGGGAUGUCAAGAAUGGACCUUGCUGGAAUUUUACGGACAAAUGACAUCGAUGAUAUAUACGAGCAGCUUCUCUCGAGCAGACGCCAUCCUUUGAAAGCACGCAAAAUACUUUAUAUUGUCAUUGCGGCAGGCAGGCCGUUGACUCUAGACGAGCUGAGUGUGGCAUCUGAAAUCCAUCAAGACUACAAACGACGGCUAUACACUUUCGAAGCUGGAACCAACCGCUCUGACCGUCGAGAAGCGCUCUUCAGGAUUAUGGAUGAAGCAAGUCAUGGCCAAACCUAUGGCAGGGUUGACAAUUUAGACAAACUUGCAGAUCAGCUUCACCACCCUUUUUCAAACCAUCUGAGAUUGAUAUGCGGACAUUUCCUGAGAAUCCGUGGCCGAAAGGUCUACCUAGUUCACCAAACAGCCCGAGAUUUUCUCUUACGUACAAGUUCGAAGGAAGAUUUCUCGGUGGGCUAUUAUUUGAGAGAUUUCAAUUGGAACAUCUCAUGCCCAACCGCCAAAGAGCUACAGUAUAUGCGACAACAUGGCAUACCAGGGGACUUUGAGGGCACCAAAGCUGAGGCAGAAUCUCAACCUCCUCACGUGUUCAAGAACUCCAUUCUGCCAGAAGUUGCAAACCGGUAUUUGUUCCAGAUCUGCGUGGACUAUCUGGCACUGAUUGGACACAUGGUAUUUCAUGAUGAAUAUAACAAAUUGAACGACUCUAACCUAGAGGUUUUAGCUGGGGAAUGGGUGUCAAAAAUCCAGAAGCAUCCCUCGGGGGCAUUUUUAGAAUACGCCAGUCGUUAUUGGGUGGACCAUUACCGAACCAUCAGAGGUGAUGUCGAUAAAGUUUUCGACUUUAUGUGCGACCCGGAUACUCUGCUGUUUCAAAUUUGGAUUCAGCACCACCCACAUCUCGAGAAACUUCGCAACCGGCGACAACAACAUGAACUCGACAUUAACGAAGUGUCCAGGGAGCACGGAAGAAUGGAAACAUCCAGACUUGUAUCGCCGAUACUAAAUCGAGCGGAUGUUUUGUAUUACUUUGAUUUAGAAGCAAUGGAUGAGGAGCAGUGGUACGACGACACCGUUGAUGGUAGUCGUUACUGGGAGCAGGGAGAUGAUGAAGUGAACGCAGACGACUUGAAGGAAAUGUCCGACUACCUCGAUGCCGUCCCUAGAUCAAGUGUACCAGAUCGUGUUCGCGCUUAUCGACGCCAAGCUCUGCAAGAUGAAGAACGUCAUUCAUAUCUCCACAAGUCGAAUCCUGGAACAAUGGGAAAUUCGUUUCCUAUCAACGGCAAAUUCUUGAUGCUCUCUUCUGUAGACUUCCCUCCUGUUAUUCCACGGUCACAAUCCUCAAAGCAAGAAAAACUCCGUUGA